AUGCCUUUAAGUAAUCCAUGUAAACCCACUGAGUUAAGUAAUCCAUGUAAACCCACUGAGUUAAGUAAUCCAUGUAAACCCACUGAGUUAAGUAAUCCAUGUAAACCCACUGAGUUAAGUAAUCCAUGUAAACCCACUGAGUUAAUUAAUCCAUGUAAACCCACUGAGUUAAGUAAUCCAUUUAAACCCACUGAGUUAAUUAAUCCAUGUAAACCCACUGAGUUAAGUAAUCCAUGUAAACCCACUGAGUUAAUUAAUCCAUGUAAACCCACUGAGUUAAGUAAUCCAUUUAAACCCACUGAGUUAAGUAAUCCAUGUAAACCCACUGAGUUAAGUAAUCCAUGUAAACCCACUGAGUUAAGUAAUCCAUGUAAACCCACUGAGUUAAGUAAUCCAUGUAAACCCACUGAGUUAAGUAAUCAAUUUAAACCCACUGAGUUAAGUAAUCCAUGUAAACCCACUGAGUUAAGUAAUCCAUGUAAACCCACUGAGUUAAGUAAUCCAUGUAAACCCACUGAGUUAAGUAAUCCAUGUAAACCCACUGAGUUAAGUAAUCCAUGUAAACCCACUGAGUUAAGUAAUCCAUUUAAACCCACUGAGUUAAGUAAUCCAUUUAAACCCACUGAGUUAAGUAAUCCAUGUAAACCCACUGAGUUAAGUAAUCCAUGUAAACCCACUGAGUUAAGUAAUCCAUUUAAACCCACUGAGUUAAGUAAUCCAUUUAAACCCACUGAGUUAAGUAAUCCAUGUAAACCCACUGAGUUAAGUAAUCCAUGUAAACCCACUGAGUUAAGUAAUCCAUGUAAACCCACUGAGUUAAGUAAUCCAUGUAAACCCACUGAGUUAAGUAAUCAAUUUAAACCCACUGAGUUAAGUAAUCCAUGUAAACCCACUGAGUUAAGUAAUCCAUGUAAACCCACUGAGUUAAGUAAUCCAUGUAAACCCACUGAGUUAAGUAAUCAAUUUAAACCCACUGAGUUAAGUAAUCCAUGUAAACCCACUGAGUUAAGUAAUCCAUGUAAACCCACUGAGUUAAGUAAUCCAUGUAAACCCACUGAGUUAAGUAAUCCAUGUAAACCCACUGAGUUAAGUAAUCCAUGUAAACCCACUGAGUUAAGUAAUCCAUGUAAACCCACUGAGUUAAGUAAUCCAUAA